GAAGGUCGUUCUUCGUUCAGUUUUACCCUCCGCGUGGUAAAAAGUGAGCGUUCUGUGGCGUCAUUAUGUUUUUAAAAGAUUUUAAAGGAUAUUUUAGUCAAUUUAUAGUAGUUUGGUUUAAUUAAAGAGAUAUUCGGAAAGGAUUAGAAGAUGUUUCAACCUGAAGCCGGUACCAGCGGUUCCAGCUCUGUAAAAAAGACCAAUAGAAACACUUCUACAGCCGAUGCGUACUGGAGCGGGCCGCCAAAAAUCCAAUGCUGUGUGCCUGAAUGUGGCAACACCGAACAAGGGCAGCCCGGGAAGGUGUAUUACGAGUUCCCCAAGGCGCCAUUAUGGCGCUCCAAAUGGCUACGUCUGAUCAACCGUCCCGACAUGGAACCGACAUCUGUCGACCGGGUCUGUUCAGACCACUUCUCCCCUAAUCAGUACACCGCCAAGAGAGCGUUGAGGAGGGACGCACUGCCCACGAUCGACAAGCACCCAACGGCAACGUCUCAACUAAAAAGGAAACAAGAAGAUACAAACAUACAAACCAGCAAACAACCCCGCUUAGACACACAACCCAACACAGAACAAACAAUUGAAACAACAAUACACAUCAAAAUAGAACCAGAAGAACCAACUACAGACGUAAUAAUCAAAGAUGAACCAUAUAUAGAAGGACCUUUAGACAUAGAAACCCAAUGGCGAGACAAUGAUCCUCUAGCUUGCGCGGAACCAAAAAACGAAAACUUAAUCAAGAUAAAAGAAGAGCUAAUCAUAGAACCUUUACACAUAGAAACCCAAUGUAGAAACAAAGAUCCUAUCGAUGUAAAAGCUAUAAAAUCGGAGCCCGGCGUAUGCACUACAGCAACUCAAACACUUUCUCGUAAAAAAAUGUACCUAAGCGUUGCUUGUAUUACUGGUGCCGAACGGAUAAAUCUAGCGCAAGGAAUCAAUGAACAAAAGACAACCAAAGUAGCUCAAACGCAAACCACGACACCUCUUCUAGCGUACUUCACAGACCCAAUAAAGAAGAAGAUGAAGGCAGAAAUCAGAGAAGCGAACAGAAAGACUAAACUGUUGACCAACGCUGCAAUGGACAAGAGUAGAUUCAUGCAAUGUUGCGACAGCUAUCUAAACGAGAAGAUCGCUCAUAUUGUAAAGACUCACUCACAUAUACAAGAAAAAUGUAAAGGGAACCGAUACGCAAAUGAUUUUAAAGUGUUUGCUCUGAAUUUGUGUCUAAGCAAUACAGAAUCUUACAAAUUUGUUGAGAAGAUCUUCAAUUUACCAUCCAAGACCACGCUGAAACGAUUACAAAUGCCGGCCAGAACUGGAACUAAUCCAAAUCUGAUAGAAUACUUGAAAGUAAAAGUGAGCAAGAUGUCAGAGAAAGAGAAGUUGUGUGCUUUAUGCUUUGAUGUGAUGAGAGUUAGCAAGAAUCUUUGGUACGAAGUGAACAAUGACUAUUUAUGUGGGAUGCAAGAGAUCGAUCAAGUUUUAGGGCCUGAGCCGGCUGAAUAUGCCGCUGUGCUGAUGAUUAGAGGUUUAUAUUCGAAGUGGACGCAGCCUGUUUCAUUCUCAUUCAUGACGGAGAAGCGUCGGUAUCCGGAGCUGAAGGAAUGGAUGCACAAAGUCAUGGGAAUAAUGUUUGAUAUAGGACUGGACAUCAAAGUUCUAGUAGUCGAUUACGAGAAUGACUUCAUGGAUGUUUCUUUACCAGGCGGUAAACACUACUUCGAAAUGGAUGAGAGAAAAAUCUACCACUUUUAUGACGUGAGGUACCUCUUUAAGAGUGCUAGAGACGCGCUCAUGAAAAAUAACUUCCACAUAGGUUCAAAAGUUGCUAAAUGGAGUCAUAUACUAAAGGUUUAUGACAAAGACAGCGAUCAUGACUUAAGUCUAAUGCCUAAAAUCACGGAUGAACAUGUAAGACCCUCUGGAGAUGCAAUAAAUGAUAUCAAUUUGGCAAUUCAAAUAUUUAGCAAUAGUGUCGCCGCUGCGAUGAAUUUGCAUGUUAUUUCUAACAUGGCUAACCAGAACAUAAAAGAUACAGUGGAAUUUAUAGCCAAAAUGAGCAGUAUUUUCGACAUAUUAGCUUCAAAGUCUCUGGCAAAUGCUUAUAAAGGAACGGAUCAUCAGAAUAAAAUAUUGUCUGAUGCUUUAGAAUAUCUUCAAGACUUAAAUGUGAAAGAUAAGCGUGGGAAUGCAAUUGAAGCUCAAUUCGUUAAUGGACUUAAAGUAAAUAUAAAAUCAGCAUUUUCUCUAUUAGAAGAGUUAAAGAAGGAAAACCUUCAGUACCUUCACACGAAGGUUUUAAGCAAGGACUGCUUGGAAUUGUAUUUCGAUGAAUGUCGCCGCCUAGGAGGGAACUGUUGUGAGAAACCAACAGCCAUUAUGUUUGCUCGUUCCUUCCGUCGCCUAUUUCUAGUAAAUUUAGUACACAAAGAUGGUGACAGCGAAGACUUGAAAUCAACGUUAUACAAAAUAAGCGAAUACAUGAAAACAGACACUGAAAAGAAAGAUAAUGAACUCGAAGGUGAUCGAUUGAAACGAAUAUUAGGUGCUGGAGUCAGUGAUAUUAAAAUACAAUGGCCGUCAACUGAAUAUAUAACAGGAUUUUUAAUUUGGAAGUGUCUAGAGAAGCAUCCUUGUGAGAAAUUUAUAGAAAAACUGAGCACACAUUAUGAUAUCCCUGUUGAAGAAAAUGCAGAGACGCUACUUGAAAAUUUUCGAAAGUAUAAUGCAGAAAACGUAAAUAGUAUCCAUCUUCUCAAACCUCCUGGUUAUCUGGUAGAUUUUGUAGACUUAAUGGAUCAGAAAUACUGCGAAUAUUUCACCAAAGAGGACAAAGAUCCGAUGAACUUCGCUUGGAAUACAUAUCAAUUUAUGGAAGAAGAUACUUUCGAAUUUCCGUGUGAAUGUUUUCCUUUGAAGUUUAUGAAGAUUUUGUUCAUAAGGAUAAAGAUUGAACAUUCUAUUCGAGAACAUAAUAAGUAUAGUAAGAAUCCCCGCAAACCAAGACAUUUGCAGAGGAAACAAAUUACUAAGAAGAGUAAAUAAAUUAAACUACGUAAUGCACUUA